UCCAAAUGAGGAAUGGCUAAAUUAAAUAGAGAAAGGGCUGCAUGCUCUGCUAUCAUACGUCCCAGCUGCUCUCCUGGCUAGCGUUACAGCCUUCCUGCUUUUGUAUUGCAGACUAAAGUCACCGCUUGCAGGAACCUUUUUUUGUGCUUUUACAUGAAUCUAAAUAUAGCUCCGUGGAAGGUUACGGUUCUGUAGAGUGCCAUGGUGCAAUUUAAACCCACAGUACAAAGUGAAUAAUCAGCACGGGGCUGGAGGAUUGAGAAGAGAGGAAAAAGGCUGUCAUCUAGUAUUGAUUAUUUCCCUCCGAAAAAAAAAAAGGGUUAACUGAUUUUGGAUUUUUCCUAUUUAGAGAAGUACAGUCUGGUAACUUUGGUUUGGGUAAUAGAAAUACAGAGGCAUUUUGCGGAGAUUACAUUAAUCCAUUGCUCGGGUUUGGAGAGAGCUGGCUGGGGAAGGUCACAGCUGUGCUGCAGCGUUCAGGAUAAAGCAGACUUGUGGUGGACUGGGCGCUCCCAGGGAUAAUCAGGAGUCGCCAGUGACUGCACCCCCUCCUCCUCUUUUCACCACUACCACCUCACCCGCCACCUCCUCUUCCUCAUUUCAUCCCUCCCCCCUCUGCACUUUCUUCCAAAACACCCUUGUUUAUAAACUUUGAUGGAGAAUUACACACCGGGCUGGAAAAAUGCCUGUUAUGAAAGGAUUAUUAGCACCUCAGAACACCUUCUUAGAUACCAUAGCGACUAGAUUCGACGGAACACACAGUAACUUCAUUCUUGCAAAUGCUCAGGUCGCUAAGGGAUUCCCUAUAGUUUACUGUUCAGAUGGCUUCUGUGAACUUGCUGGGUUUGCACGAACGGAAGUCAUGCAGAAGAGUUGCAGCUGUAAAUUUUUAUAUGGUGCUGAAACAAAUGAACAGACAACACUUGAAAUUGAAAUGUCACUAGAGGAAAAGAGUGAAUUCAAGGGAGAAAUAAUGUUUUACAAGAAGAAUGGUACUUCAUUCUGGUGCCUAUUGGACAUUGUUCCCAUAAAGAAUGAAAAGGGUGAUGUGGUACUUUUUCUGUCCUCAUUUAAGGACAUUACAGAUACGAAAAUUAAAAUUGCCCAGGGAGAGAAAAAAGAAGAAAAAUACAGAAAAGGAAAAGCAGGGUCCCAUUUUGAGGCAGCAAGGAGACGGAGUCGGGCUGUUCUUUAUCACAUCUCUGGUCACCUACAAAGGAGAGAAAAGGGAAAAUUAAAGCUUAAUAAAAACGUUUUUGUAGAUAAACCAGCAAUUCCUGAAUAUAAGGUUUCAGAUGCAAAAAAAACAAAGUUUGUCAUUUUACAUUUUAGUACCUUCAAAGCAGCCUGGGACUGGCUAAUAUUAUUAGCAACGUUUUAUGUUGCUGUUACUGUACCUUACAAUGUAUCCUUUGUGGACAAUGAUGACCUGUCAUCAACAAGAAGCACAACUGUUAGUGAUAUUUCCGUGGAAAUCCUUUUUAUUAUAGAUAUUAUUUUAAAUUUCCGAACAACCUAUGUCAGCAAGUCUGGCCAAGUUGUAUUUAAGGCAAGAUCUAUUUGUAUCCACUAUGUUACAACCUGGUUCGUCAUUGAUUUAAUUGCUGCCCUUCCCUUUGAUCUCCUUUAUGCUUUUAAUGUCACUGUGGUUUCACUUGUUCAUCUUUUGAAAACCAUCAGAUUGUUACGACUUUUACGCCUUCUUCAGAAGUUGGAUCGUUAUUCUCAGCAUAGCACUAUAGUACUUACUUUAUUAAUGUCCAUGUUUGCCCUUUUGGCCCACUGGAUGGCUUGCAUUUGGUAUGUCAUUGGGAGGAUGGAAAUGGAAGAAAAUAAUCCCCUUACUUGGGAUAUAGGCUGGCUUCAUGAGCUGGGGAAAAGACUGGAGUCGCCCUUCUAUAGCAAUAACACACAAGGUGGUCCCACCAUUCGAAGUACAUACAUUGCAUCCCUCUAUUUUACACUCAGCAGCCUGACUAGUGUUGGAUUUGGAAAUGUUUCUGCUAAUACAGAUGCAGAAAAGAUAUUCUCCAUUUGCAUUAUGCUAAUUGGAGCCUUGAUGCAUGCCUUGGUUUUUGGUAACGUGACAGCUAUAAUCCAGCGAUUGUACUCCAGAUGGUCACUAUAUCACACAAGAACCAAGGAUCUGAAGGAUUUUAUACGGGUACACCACCUUCCACAGCAACUGAAGCAGAGAAUGCUUGAAUAUUUCCAAACCAAUUGGUCAGUCAAUAAUGGGAUAGAUUCUCAUGAGCUCCUGAAAGAGUUUCCAGAUGAGUUACGUUCGGAUAUAACCAUGUACUUGAACAAGGAGAUUCUACAACUAUCCUUUUUGAGAAUGCUAGCCGUGGGUUGCCUCAGGUCUCUGUCUCUUCAUAUCAAAACUUCUUUCUGUGCUCCUGGAGAGUACCUACCGCAGGGAGAUGCAUUGCAGGCAAUUUAUUUAGUGUGCUCAGGUUCCAUGGAAGUUCUGAAGGAUGGGAUGGUGUUGGCUAUUCUAGGUAAAGGAGAUUUAAUUGGAGCAACUUUAUCAAUUAAAGAUCAAGUAAUAAAAACCAAUGCGGAUGUGAAAGCUUUGACCUACUGUGAUCUACAGUGUAUUAUCCUCAAAGGCCUUUAUGAAGUUCUGGACUUUUAUCCAGAAUAUGCACAUAAAUUUGUAGAAGACAUUCAGCAAGAUCUUACAUAUAAUCUUCGGGAGGGUCAUGAAAGUGAUAGAAUGUCAAGACUCACUUGCAAAUCAACUUUGUCACAGACAGAACCCAGGGGAAAUGGCAGUGUAAAUAAAAGGCUAUCAUUCAUCGUGGAAGAUGAUGAUGACGACACAGGGGAGGACGAACCCUCUUCUCCAUCUACUAUACGUACAAGGAACACAAAGUACAAAAAGUCUUCAAACAGCUCUCUAGGGAUUAAUCUGAAACCAUUCUCUGGAAAUGUCCCAUACAAGUCACCAAUUAAAUCAUCAAACCUUAACUCUGCAAGAACAAGGAUAGAAAAUGAAUCAUACCUUAACAGCAGAAGACGGGAUAAGAAUUUAAGACUUAACCUUCCAACAGUUACGAGCCUAGGACCGCCGGAUUUAAGUCCCAGAGUUGUUGAUGGAAUUGAAGAUGAUAAUGGUAAUGAAGAAGGUCAAGCAUUUGACUUUGAAGCUUAUCAAUUGAGACAACAAGCACGAUUAAAUCAAACCACAGGAGACUUAUUGGAUUUCAACCCAGCAAUGCUUUUUAUUACAGCAGAAGAAACCAAACAACAGAUAACAAGACUCAACCAUGAGGUCAGUACUUUAACUCAUGAAGUAUCCCAGCUCAGCAAAGAUAUGAAGAUUGUCAUGAAUAUUUUAGAAAACUUGUUAGCUGCACAAAGACCAGUUGGAUAUUAUUCAACUUAUGGUACAGUGAUAGAUGGAAUGGGUACUACAAUAGGUUCCCCAAUGGAUCAGAUGCAAACUAGAAUGACAUGGACAACAAAUCAAGCUUGCAUGCAAAGGCAAGAUUCCCUGGUUGGGACUCCAACACAGCUGUGUCAAGGUACAGUUGUAUCUGACUUGUGGAACAUGGAUCCUUCCAGUGUAGGAAGCAGCCCUCAAAGAAAUGUAUCAAAUGUAGAGAAUUCAUUAGAAGGUGAAUAUUACUACACGGCAGGCCUUGGAUAUUCUCCGUCACAUUAUCAAGUUAUUCAGGCUGACCAAUAUUCUUAUUUGAAGUGUACAUCUCCUCAUUCGGACACCACAUUAACUCCUCUGCAGUCUAUCUCUGCAACUCUUUCCCCAUCUAUGUGUUCAUCAUCUGACACUUCUCUGCAGCUUGUGCUGCCAAGUAGAUCUGAAGAAGGUUUUAGCCAAGGAGAAAUUAGUUCACUAAGCCUUGAAAAUCUGCCAGGUUCUUGGGAUGUAGAAGGAACAGUUGGCAUCUCUGGACAGUCAACGGAGGAGUACCCCCAGGACAUUAUUACAAGUCAAAUAGAUUUUAAAGAUGACAAAGCCAUAAAUGUAUAAUGAUAACUGACCAAUACUAUUCAGCAGAAGCAGCAAUGUAGAAACUCUUUAUGCAUGAGACUGCAAAGACACACGGAAAAGUUGGUUUUGUUUCAACUAUUUUGAAAAAGAUAUAACUAAGAAACUAACACAAAAAAGCACAGUACCUUAACAUAUUUAUUUAGAAGUGCUGAGGGUGUGUUUUCUGUUACUUAUGUAAGCUAUUGGUCUGUGUUCCAGGUUUUCUAAUGCAGACUGAAGACCCUGAGGGUCAAAACAGCUGGGAUUCAUAUACAAAAGAACACAUGACCACAUAUGUCGUAGGGAGUUCUUAUAUCACAAAGCAAAACGCUCUUUCCUGAGUGCCUGAUUGUCAUUUGCAAACAAUAGCACUGUCAAUGCUUGCUUCAGGUGACCAUGAUUCCUGCUGUCUAUUUGUCAGUUCAGAGAAGACAUAGGGACAAUUAUCGCUGCAUGUCAUCUCCUAGACAAUCAACCAAACAGAGUUGGUAGAUGGUGGGUUAACCGUUGCACGUUAUUUGUCAUUUUAAUGAAACCUCUUUAUUUAUCAGAAAAAAAAGCUAUUUUUAUAUUCUUGGUAUGAAAUAUGUAUUUAAACUAUUUAAAAUAUUUAUAACUAAAUGUCUUUUUUUGGUAAGAGCUUGCAGUUUUCAAGAGAAAUGCACAAUUCUUAUGCAUAUUGUAUUAAACAAUUUAUUAUUCAGAAAAAAUAAAAGUGUACAUAAUUAAUAUAAUAUCCCAUUUGCAUGUAGGUUGGAUGAAUGUAUGCAUCUGAUACAUUUUAGAGUAUUUACAAUGCCAAAAUGGUUGA